ACUCCAUCGUUCUGCUGGGGGACUUCAGUGCUCACGUGGGCAAUGACAGUGAGACCUGGAAGGGCGUGAUUGGGAGGAACGGCCCCCCCCGAUCAGAACCCGAGCGGUGUUCUGUUAUUGGACUUUUGUGCUCAUCACGGAUUGUCCAUAACAAACACCAUGUUCAAGCAUAAGGUUGUCCACACGUGCACUUGGCACCAGGACACCCUAGGUCGCAGUUCGAUCAACGACUUUGUGAUUGUGUCAUCGGACUUGCGGCCGCAUGUCCUGGACACUCUGGUAAAGAGAGGGGCGGAGCUGUCAACUGAUCACCACCUGGUAGUGACUUGGCUCCGAUGGUGGGGGAAGAUGCCACUCCGACGUGGCAGGCCCAAACGUAUUGUGAGUGUCUGCUGGGAACGUCUGGCAGAAUCCCCUCUCAGAAGGAGUUUCAACUCCCACCUCCGACAGAACUUUGCUCAUGUUCCGGGGAUGGCGUGGGACAUCGAGUCCGACUGGACCGUGUUCCGAGGCGGCCGACCAGAGCUGUGGCCUUAAGGUUUUUCGGUGCCUGUCGUGCUGGCAAUCCCCGAACCCGUUGGUGGACACCAGCGGUGAGGGAUGCCGUCAAGCUGAAGAAGGAGUCCUAUCGGGCCUUUUUGGCCUGUGUGACUCCUGAGGCAGCUGAUGGGUACCGGCUGGCCAAGCGGAAUGCAGCUUUGGUGGUCGCUGAAGCAAAAACUCGGGACCCGACCUCGGAUAAGCGGUAGAAAAUGGAUGGAUGUGCUUUUUAAUUAUUAUUAUUUUUAACAUGUCCAUGUAAAUUCUCACUUAUCCAGCUCAUGAUAAUCUGCAGACGUAGAAUCGAGUCAACUUGGCUCUUCUUGUUUGUUGAAUUUGUUGUGCUGUUACUUGUUUUCCAAAAAUAUUUAAAAAAAAAUGGCUCAGGCAAUUUCGCGAUUAGGCUAACAAAAUUAAACCGUGGGCACUUUCUCCUAGCAACAUGGCUACAUCGUUAGUUUAGCAUCAAGACUUUAACAUUAUAAACAAGCUGGAUUUAACACUUACAUGAACAAUGAUGACAUCACGGCUCUCAGUCAAGCAGGAAAGAACAUUUUCUGUCCAGGAAUGGACUGCACAAUAUAUUUGAUGUAUUUAUGUGAUUUUUAGUCAAAGGAUAUAACAACAAACACAACAGCAUAAAACAAAACAAUAAAGGUAUUCCGCUAAAUUUAAGAUGACUAUUUUCUUUUCACCAUGCAGCGGCAUCUGCUGAUAUACUGUGUCAAUAGUAUUUUUGUAACAAUAUUCCCAACUGUUAACUAAACAAGACAACGUUGUGUGCGUAAUUACAGCUAUUUCACACAAGGAGGAUUUAUAGACCUAUUAUUGACUUAUAAUUGCAACGUGUAUGUAUUUGCAUAAAUUAGACAUAACAUGAAAUUUCAAUGUCGAAAUUUGUUUGAAGAUUUUAAUGGUCAACUUGUCAUCGGCCCUUUCCGACACUUCGUCAUACUUUACGACGUUUACCAUCUGAUGCCGACUGCGCGUGCGCACAACGUCACCUGCUGGAUUGUGCGGGUAAUAGCAGAGAGUUUUCUCCUCAAAUUCACGAAACAAAUACAAUUAGUGAACUCCUUGGUGUGAGGGGACUGCAUAUAUCGAUAUAACCGUUUUGUUGGAGCACUCUGGUGUCAGUUCGUCCGAGCGUGAGCUAGCUUUAGAGUUGACGGCUAAUGCGGCUAACUGCUUGUUUUCGUUCAGCGGCUAACUAAUAGCAUCGUCUAAUAAAGACGUCGAGGGAACCCAACUCAGGAGUGUUCGCCGCACCGCCUCCUGCCUCGACGGGCCACACAGGAGCGGGAACGAGGAGGAUGAUGCUGGCAGAUCCGGACGCCGAGGCGGUGGUCCCGAGCGCGUCGGGUGGCAAAGGCGAGGGGAAGAAAGGCAAGGCCAAGGGAGAGGAGACUCUGUCCCUGGACGACUGUCUGUGUCCCGUGUGUUUGGAGAUGUUUCUGGAGCCGGUGACGCUGCCCUGCUCGCACACCUUCUGCAAGGGCUGCUUCCUGGACUCGGUGUACAAGAGCACGCUGUACUGCCCCGUGUGCCGCCGACGCGUGUCCACGUGGGCGCGGCAGAACAACAAGAACAAGACGCUGGUCAACCAGCAGCUGUGGGAGCGCAUCCAGAUCAGCUUCCCGCAGCACUGCCAGCGACGUCUCAGCGGGCAGGACGCCGACGACGACCGCGGCCUGGCGGUGUUUUCCCCCAAGGUGAGUCAGCCUGGAGAGCUGAGACAGGAAUAUCAGGAACAGAUCAGCAAACUGUCGGAGGAGAAGCGAGAGCUGGACGAGAAGGAGCGGCGCGCCAGCGAGGAGUACAUCCACAGGCUGCUGGCCGAGGAGGAGAAGCUGCUGCUGGACGAGCAGAGGAGGAGGGUGGAAGACGAGAUUCUGGCCAGGACGCUCAGCAAAGAGCUGAACGCUGCUCCCGUCUCCCAGGACAAGCGGCGUCCCGCCGACGUCACUCCAGCUAGGAAGAAGGUCAACACGGGACACAUGGAGAAGUUCUUGUGUCGACUUCCGUCCAAGUCGGACCCGUCAGACUGCUGCUCGGCUUCUACUUUGUUUUCUAACAAGGAGAACAUUUUGGUCUCUGGUGGGGAUGGCCUCCCUCAUGCGGACGUCUUCGGGACUCAGCGGAACCCGGCGGAACCUCCCCGUCCCGAUCCGGCCUCUCCGCUGGAAGCGCGACGCCGCGGGAGCCGUCACGCGGACGAAGGGACGUCCAAGAGGAAGAGCGCAGAACUCGCAGAGGACGCUCUCAUCAAGAGAGGCCGCCACUAUCCACCCUCCGCUUCCUCCUCGUCAUCGUCGUCUUCCUCGCCUGUAGAGGGCGCACUGGUGCUACAGGCGCAACUGGAGGCCCAGCUGGAGAGCCGGCGUCAGCAGGAGGAGGCCGACCGGCAGAUGGCGCUGCUCCUGCAGAAGGAGCUCGACCAGGAGGAGACGCAACGACGCACGGACCGCAGCAAAGGCUCGGCCGACGCCUACCCGCUCAGACGCGGGACCCCCGACCCCCGCACCAGGACUACGAAAACCUCCCACAGGUCCCCGCCCUCUUCGUCCUCUCGGGAAGCGUCCACCUCCUCCCCCCAAAACCGACAGCCCACCCUCACCGACAUGUUCCCUGGGCUUGGCAGCUGAAGCCCCACAAUGGAGAGGAAAAGCAAACCAAUGUGAGCCUUCAAUACAGUGAACCUCCUCAUUGUUGCUGUUCAAAUUUGCCUGUGAGCUCUUUUUUUUUUUUUUUUUUUCCCAAACCUCUCCUCCAUUAUUCGCUGAAAAACUCUCUUAUUUGCAGUUUUUGUGUUCGGGCCAAAGCAAUGUCUAAUACAAAAAUAUUGCUUUCCUGCCAUUUUGUGACAUUUACAAUGGACUACCGCAUAUUUACGGUUCGGUAUUGGCAAAUUUGUCCCUUGGCGGAUAAUUUUGGGGAGCCUAUCCUCUGUUAUUCACUGAAAAAGUUGACCUAUUCACUGUUUUUGUGCUUAGGCCAAAGCCAUUUGUAAUAUAAAAGUCUUUGGCAUCAUCUGGUAUGUUGGAAUUACAGUUUAUCUUCACAUAUUCGCAGUUUGGCAUUUGCCUAUUUGCAUAUUUUCGGGGAAACUCGUCUGUUUUUCACUGAAAGCGAAUGUUUACUGUAAGUGGAACUGAGGUGAGCAGCUUCAUUUAGUCAGGCCAUAGACUUGUCUAAUAAAAGAAAAGUGCUUUGCUUCCAUCUGUAGGCAAUUACAAACCCUUUUGGUAGGGCUGGGUGUUGUUCACUGUCAUCACAAACCACUUUCACGCUGCCCGGUGGAACAUUGCUGCUGCGGUUUGCCGGAUUCAGAUAAUUAGAGGCGUGGUGCUGUCAGCUUGCCUGGCUUCCCGCUGUCUCCGUAACACACAUGCGACGUCCCGCCCCUGAUGAGACUGUCGGUAUUUUGCGCAAAACUUGGGAAAAGGCAGCUUAGGUGGGUAAUGUAAAAGGGGUUAAACCAUCUGCUGGCGGGAAGCUGCAUCUGCUGUCUGAAUGUAAAAUGUCAGGAAAAAAAAGGUGUUGUGUAUCCCGGAGGUACAUAGAUCCCAUUCCAGGAAUUGGAGUGAUCCAUUUCUUGUUACUUGUUCAAUUUCGGGUUGAGCUCUGUUUUGGAGCCGUUGUGGUGUCAUUGCUGUGACGUCACUUCCCUUUGAUCGCUGCUAUUUUCUAUUUCUAAAAAAUAAAAACAUUAAUGUUACUAAAAA